ACAGAGAGGGACUUAGUGGCACUUUUUGUUUAUGGACACAGAAGUAAUACAUCAAAAAAGAUUGAAAGUUGAAUAAUCUUUGAGACUGAGUGAAACAUCUGUCAAAUUGUUUGAGUUCAGUUAGUUUUGAUUUGACGUUGGCGAGUUUGCGGCUGGUGAUGGAGGGAGGAAGUGGAAGUGAAAGUUUCUUCUUUAAAACAAGUUCUAUUAGUGUUGUAAUAGUUUUUAAAUAAUUCGAUGGAUUUAGAAGUUCCUUAGUGUAAAAUAAGUCCAUUAUAGUCACCCUUGAUAACUUUUCAUAAACAAUGGAUCACUUACCUGGUGAUGGCUUAAAAUAUAGAAAAAAUAACAACAACUAUAAAGAAAAUGGCUUGCAUGAUAACGAAAAUAAAUUAAACAAUAAAAGUGAUGAUAUACAAAAAGGGAAAGUUAUUGGCUUAGUUUUUGUGUCUUUGCUUCUGGAUCUUUUAGCUUUUACUAUGAUUUUACCAUUGUUGCCGUCAUUACUUGAUUAUUACGACAAGGAGGAGGGUAAAGGAAAUUCUUUGUAUGCAUCUUUAGUGUAUGCUGUGAGAAGCUUUCAGAAGUUGACUGGUGCACCGGAUAGGUUUGCAUCAGUGCUUUUUGGAGGAGCACUGGGCUCUAUGUACAGUUUCUUGCAGUUCCUUACAAGUCCUAUUGUUGGCAGCUUAUCAGAUGCCUAUGGAAGAAAACCCAUGCUGUUAAUUUGUUUAUUAGGUAUAGCAGUGUCUCACGCAUUAUGGAGUUGCGCAAGUACAUUCAGUAUGUUCGUAUUGGCGAGGUUCAUAGGAGGUUUGAGCAAGGCAAAUGUCAGCCUUAGUAUGGCGAUUGUCACUGAUGCUUCAGGAGAAAAGACAAGGGCACGCGGAAUGGCUCUCGUAGGUUUAGCAUUUUCGAUCGGAUUCAUAGUAGGUCCCAUGGCGGGCGCCUGGUUCGCGAUGACAACGGACACUAACUUCGGCCUGUGGGGCCAGAGACCUGCUUUGUAUGCUCUCUCUCUGUCACUUGCCAACAUUGCACUCGUGUCUUUGUUUUUGCCAGAAACAUUGUCAAAGGAUAAAAGAGCACCUCUCUCGCUGUCUCUUUCUAAAGCCAUCGAAUAUGUGUCCCCUUGGCACCUAUUAAAAUUCUCCGCCGUUGAAAAUCUGUCGCAGCAUCAAAACAAAGUAUUAUCUAACCUGGGAUUGAUAUACUUUUUAUAUUUGUUUAUUUACUCCGGCCUUGAGUUUACUAUAACUUUCCUGACGCACCACACCUUUGCCUAUACAGCUAUGCAGCAAGGGAAAAUGUUUCUAGUUAUAGGUGUGAUAAUGGCGGUGCUGCAGGGCGGUGCGGCGCGGCGACUGGGCCCGCGAGGUGCGGAGACAGCAGCGCGGCUGGCGCUAGCGCUCACACCCGCCUCCUUCCUGUGCGUGGCGCUCGCCGCCAGCGCUGACCCCGUCCUCUUGUCACCCAUCACCUGGCUGUGGGCAGGACUUGUACUCUUCGCAUUGUCGACAGCGUUCGCGGUGUCGUGCAUGACGUCACUGGCGGCUGCGCAGGCGCCGGCGGGGGCUCGCGGCGCCGUGCUGGGGGCGCUGCGGUCGCUGGGUGCGCUCGCCCGCGCCGCCGGGCCGCUGCUCGCCUCCGCAGCGUCCGGUCGAGCGGGUGCAGCUCACAAGGAGAACCUGCGUCUUAAAAAGGAAUUGGAGCAGUUGGAGGAAGAGAAUAACAUGUUACGUCUCAAGUUCGAAAUCCUAUUGGACAUGAUGACUGACAAGACUGUAGAAGCGGAGCAGCAGCAGCAGGAAGACAUGCAGCGCGCUCAGAGCCUCAGCUCAUUGAAGAAGACUAAGAAGCAGAAGUGGUGAAAUAUUCAACACUUCUGCUUCUUAAUAUUACUUUGAGCUUCACCUGCGAUAACACUUGUAUUAUUGUUGUCUCUGCUUUGUCCAAAGAUAAUGAAAGGGAUGAUAGUAUGAUUUACAAGUGUCAAUGCUGAGUUCUGGGGUUUAUUGUAAAUAAUGUUGUAAUCAGUCUGUCAAUCUCUAUAUAUCGAUAUAAACAUUAGAUUGUUAAGUAAAAUAACAAAUAAAUUAAAGAAUUAUGUUGUUUUGAUACAACUCUUCUUGUAUUAAUCUUCAGAGUAAUAA